AUGACCGACGACGAAGUCAUACGGAAGCGUCUCCUAAUCGACGGAGAGGGUGCUGGAGAUGAUGAGAGAAUUAAUCUGCUAGUGAAAAGUUUCAUUAAAUGGUGCUACUCUGGAGCCCAGGAAGAGGGGUACAGCCAGUACCAACAAAUGCUGAGCACACUGUCCCAAUGUGAACUUUCAAUGGGCAAAACUUUGCUGGUAUAUAAUAUGAAUCUCAAAGAAGUGGAAAAUUAUGAAAAAACUUACAAAGAAAUAGAAGGUAACAUUGCUGGAGCACAUGAAAAAAUUGCUGAGUUCAAAAAGCAAAUUCUUCAAGCAAAACAAAUACGAAAAAAUCGCCAAGAAUAUGAUGCAUUGGCAAAAGCGAUCCAGCGUCAUCCAGACAGGCAUGAGACAUUAAAGGAAAUAGAGGCUCUGGGAAAAGAAUUAGAGCAUCUUUCACGUGUUAAACAAAGUGUUGAAGAUAAGCUAGAAUUGAGAAGAAAACAGUUUCACGUUCUUUUUACUACCAUCCACGAACUUCAGCAAGCACUGGAAAAUGAUGAAAAGCUCUCAGAGGUAGAAGCAGCUCAAGAAACAAGCAUGGGAACUGAUCCUAAACCAUAG